CGAAGCGUUACCAUAGAAACCUGACGCCUUGCCUGGCUGCUAGGCGGGACCGCGCGUUGAAAAUGAACGGACACGGAGAGUUCGGCAGCGACUGGCUCGGAGAUCCCGAGUGGACGGAGGAGUCGUACCUGAGGGACGUGCAGGAGCUGUCGAGGUACUCCCUGUCUGACCAGCUGAGAUGUGGCCACUUUGGAAUGGACAGCUGCUGCCAGACUGACGUCAAUGAGAUUCUGCCGCUGAAGGACCUCACCGAGGUCAUCUACACUCUGCUGAAGGAAGUGGAUUCCCUCAAGCGGGAUGUCCAAGUGCAGCACACGUUUUUCCAAACAGACUACGAGUCCAAACUUCAGCAGGAAUCAGAAGGCCUCCACAGACGUCUCAAUGACCGAAUACGAGACCUCGAGCGGCAGCACACAGAGAAGGCCGAAGUCCUCCGAAAAAGCUGUCGCCAGCAACUGUGUGAUGCCCUGGCAGUUCUCCGGGCCUCCUAUGAGAAAUUCUUCACCGAAACUCAAGGGAAACGCCAAGAGCCUGCGCCUCAGCCGUCCUGGAACAUCAAAGACUUCUUGGAUGAGCUUCAGCGGAAGGACGCGGUCAUCGAAUCUCUGAAUGCGCAGCUGAGUGACUUGGAGAAGGCCGUGCCGCAGUUGAUUUUCGAGCCAGAAGAUGACCCCGAGAAAGAAAGACUUGAAGAGGAGAACGACGCGCUGAAAAAUGAGCUCAGCGCGCUGCGGGCCGACAUGGAGGGGCUCAGGGACGCCGUGGAGCUGAAAGAGCAGCAGAUAAAGAGCCAAGGUCGAGAUCUGAAGGACAUGAAAGAAGCCCGAGAAAGAGAGGAAGACCAUCUCAAUAAGUUAAUCCGGGAAUGUGAGACGCUAAAGCGACAGCUGCAAGAGGAAAGGAAUGAAAGUCGCGCUUUGCUAAUGAAGCAAAAAGAAGAAAUGGAGACAAAAAUGGGAGAUCUUGUGAACACCAGCAGGCAACAGAUGUUAGCACAGAAGGAAAAAAGUGAGAAAAGGUUUGCUGAGAAGGGCGUCCAACAUCGGCUCCUGGCUGAAGAGGAAACCCAAAAAACGGUCGCAAGAUCGGUGAUGGCUGAUCAGAAUCUGCAGCAGCGACUCGAGUUUGUGCUGAAAACCAACAAAGAACAAGAGAAAGAAAUCGAGAGCCUGAGGAAGCAACUGGAACGCAUUAACCUGAUGUGGGAUAAAAAGUUUGCCAUCCUCAAGCAGAGCUUCUACGCCAUCAAGGACGAGAUGUUCCUCCGGCAGACUUUACAGCGUCAAGCAGCCACGCUUCACCAGGCCUCCAUCAACUACAUGUUUGACAGUCCUGGCGUGACACGCACGCUCAACACGGAGCAGGACGCCUCUAAAGGGAUCUUCUCCAUGCCGGCGCCCCCGCUGCCCAACAUCGGCUCCAGAUUCAUUCCCGGGAAUGAGCCAACACCUCAGGAGAACGUCAUUCGGAUUCCAACGGGCCGAGGUGUGGACGUGGCGUCAGCGGCAGAGUACCACCUAUCAUCUGAUGAUGAGGAUGAUGAUGAAGAGCAAGAGGUGAUGCUUCCUUUUCCUGCUCCUUCCCUCCACAGCCAGGAGGCCCCUGGGCUCUCGGCCCACUGACACUUCAGUCAUCGGCUCUCGUGGACGAGCCUUGAACCCCCCAAGUGCUGGUCACCCCAGUUUGGCUUCACUCCU